ACAGUUCUAGUUAACGGAAUAGGUAUAAAAUGAGAUCAUAUGAGAUUUUAACAUUUAUUUCCUUAACAAUUAAAUUUGGCUGUCAUACAAGCUUUGAUGUUUCACUGAGAUAUUAAAUAGUCAUUUUUAUUGUGCUCACUUCUAUGUUUAUAUAAAAUUAAAUGUAUCAGUUUAUUGUUUCGCUACCUACUAUAAGUGAUAUCUUCUGUAUACUUUUUUAAUGCUUAUAGUAUGAUAUACAUAAUCUCGUUUUAAUCGUAGAAAGAUAUAAAGACUAUAAUGAAUAAGGUUAUGUUUACAAAUGUUAUAACUUUUAGUAAAUUACUAAAAGUAAAUCAUGAAAUUACAAAAUUUCCAACUAAAUUUCUACAUAUGCAAUUUCAAAUCCUCUUUUCAAAGGAAAAUGAAAUGUCUGAGAGUCCAAGAAUGCGUGAAUUUAGAAAAAAAUUAAGAGAACGUACACCUAUAGAAAAAUUGGAAGAACUGGAAGAAGGCAAACAUCCUUAUCAAGAAAAAGAACCAUUGAAACCAUUUCCAAAUGAUACUAAUCCGGAAACAGGUGAAGUAGGAGGUCCACGUGGACCAGAGCCAACACGAUAUGGUGAUUGGGAAAGGAAAGGUCGAGUAACAGAUUUCUAAAUAUUUUUUAGUGCAUUGUAUAAUUGUACAU